AAAAACCUCUCAGUCCAGUGGGUCGCUUGGAUCCGAAACAGAUCCCCCGGUAAAUUCCAGAUGUUUGAAUGCUGUAUGAGAAAACAAAAUGGCUUACGGAGAUUCAACAGUAGAAGCAGUGACUUUUGGGGUUGUCCUGUUUGGGCAUAUUGCUGAUGGAUAAAACUUGAUCCAGUAUCCAAGUUUGAUCCAGAAGAAAAGUUUGAUCCAGUAUAAGAAGGAAAAAAAAAAAAAAAAAGAAAUCGUGCCUUUGUGCAGAAUGUGAUUUUUUUUUCUUACUAUUGGUGUUUUUUUCAUUUUGAUCAAAUACAUCCUGGGUUUUGGUGGAUCUGCAGAUUGCAACUGGAAAUCAAAAGUAGAAGAAGAAGGAGAAUUGAGUGGCGCGCGCGACACAUGUGCGGCUCCCGGACGCGCGCAUGAUGCGGGAGAGGAGCGGACAGACAGUGCGGGACGCAGAGUUCUGUACGGAAAUAGCCCAAGUUUCAUCCUGAGAUCAAUCCUACGCGUUUGCAUUUCAAGCUGGAUGAAACAUCUCCCGGGCGAUGGCGUCUGAGGUGGUGUGUGGACUGAUCUUCAGACUGCUGCUGCCCUUCUGCUUGGCGGCAGCAUGCCUCUUCAGGUACAACUGGCUCUCCUUCGUCUACCUCAUCUACCUCCUCCUCAUCCCACUGUUCCCUGAGCCCUCCAUCACAACCAUGCACAGCCACACGGGGCGCUUGCUAAAGUCGCUGUGUUUCACCAGUAUGACCUUCCUCUUGUUCCACAUCAUCUACCAGAUCACCGUCAACAGUCUGCUAGCCCGAAACAACAUCGAUCCCAGCUUCAACUGUUCAGUUUGGGAGAAAUCUAUACGACAGAUUGGAUUCGAGAGUGUUAUAGGGGCAGAUGUAGGAAAUGGCAUCCGGGUGUUUCUACCAGACAUCGGUAUGUUCAUGGCAGGCCUGGGCACCUUGCUUCUGUGUCGGAGUCUGGAAAAGAAGAGACCAGUGGAGGAAAUGGCGCAAUACAACCAGGACUUUGAUGCAGAAGAACAGGAGGAGAGCGAUGAGAAGAGAAUCCCAGACGACGAAGAAGUUGAGGAGAUGCUGUACGAUGAGGACUUUGAUGCCGAAGACGAAGCAGAGGAUGAAGACGAGGGUAUGCUGGAGGAUGAGGAAGAAGAAGAGGAAGAGGAGGAGGAAGAGGAGAAGGAAAGUGCUAAGAUGAAGGUUCUGCGCAUAGUUGCUGAAGUGGCUUCGAAAAUGAAAGACAUCAUCGGGAAUAUCAUCACUACAGCAGGGAAGGUGGUGGUGACUACACUGCUGGGCCUGACAGGAAUGAUGCUGCCCUCUCUGACCUCAGCUGUUUACUUCUUCAUCUUCCUUGCGCUGUGCACAUGGUGGUCUUUCUGCCAGACCUUCGACACACUCCUCUUCAGUUGCCUUUGCGUGCUAAUGGCUAUCUUCUGUGCUGGCCACCUCAUUGUUCUCUACCUCUACCAAUUUCAGUUCCUUCAGGAGAGCAUCCCACCUAACGACAGCUACAUCAGCUUGUUCGGGAUCUCUCCUAUAAUCAAGACAAAUUGCUCUUCUACGUGGAAGUUAAUUGUCUAUCCUGAUCUCAACUGGCAUCAUUUUGUCAAUCCUAUCAUGCUCCUGGUGCUAUACUACACACUGGCCACACUGAUUCGCCUUUGGCUGCAAGAUCCAAUGAUCACGGAGAAUGAGGAAGAAGAGGUGAACGAAGACAACGAGCGUCCCACAGCGGAAAAAAGAAGGCAACUAUGGUGGACUGCGCGGCAGAAGACUGAAGAAAAGAAUCUUCUGUCCACUCAGGAUGCUUACAGCACCACUGAGGCAGUACUGAUGAACUCCAAUGGGACAUCUUUUGGUUAUGUCCCCACCCUAAAUGCAGAGAAUGGACCGGUCAGCUUGGACCUCUUCUCUAUCCCUAAGUAUAAGGUGGACGAAUCUAAUAAUAUUGAGGAUGAAAAGGAUGGGGAAGUGUAUAAGGUAGUGGAGAUGCCACCAGAGGAAGAAGAGGAGUCAAAAGAGAGCGAAGAGAAAGAGCCUAGCGGAGCUCCAGCUGGCCUUGUCAAAGUUUUCCGUUUUAUUAUGAAGCAGAGCUAUGUGUGCGCUCUCAUUGCCAUGAUGGCCUGGAGCAUUACCUAUGUAAGCUGGCUGACAUUUGUCUUCCUCAUGUGGUCUUGCACUCUGUGGAUGGUGCGAGACAGAAGAAAGUAUGCUAUGCUAACUUCACCCUUUAUGGUUGCAUACGGGAACCUGGUAAUUGUGCUACAGUACAUCUGGAGCUUUGAGUCUCUGAAUUCCGUCCCGGGCCUUUUCCUCAAACCUGACGUGCCCUUCAACCAGCUCUGGUCCAAGGUGCUGUACUUGCUGAGUUUCUGGCUACUUCUGCAUCAGACACUGACUGAACGGCAGGACAAACUAAAAGAGGAAGCAACGCUAUCUGAAGUUUCAGUUGAUUCGGGGAAAAAGGAGGUAGAGAAGCCGGAAGAGGAGGAGGAGGAAGGUAGCGAGAAUGACUUGAUGCACAUGGUGGGAAAUUUGGUGAUGGGCAUGCUGGUAAAGUACUGGAUCUACAUCUGUGGAGGCAUGUUCUUCUUCGUGAGCUUUGAAGGACGUAUCGUCAUGUACAAGAUCAUCUACAUGAUGCUGUUCCUCUUUUGCGUGGCUCUUUAUCAGGUGCACUAUGAGUGGUGGAGAAGGAUUCUAAAAUAUUUCUGGAUGUCAGUGGUGGUGUACACCAUGCUGGUCCUCACCCUCAUCUACACCUGCCAAUUUGAUAACUCCAUCAACGUCUGGUCCAACAUGACAGGCAUGAGUGAGGAAAAACUAAAGGAUCUGGGUCUGGAGAGGUUUUCUUUGGGUAUCCUGUUCACACGCAUCUUCAUUCCUACUUCCUUCCUGCUAGUCUGCAUCCUUCACCUGCACUACUUCCAUGAGCACUUCCUUGCACUCACUGAUCUCAAAGCUGUGGCUGCCAAACAGGACAAUGCCAUCUACAGACUCGCACAUCCAGAUGGCAGCUUGGCAGAUCUUACAAUGAUGAGCUCCUCUCCUGAAUCCUUGGUGGACAAGGAGAAGGAGAUGUUGGUGGUGGAGAGCAUGGCGGAUGAAAAAAAGAAGGAGGAGGAGAACUCCAUCCAUGAUGAGAGUCAACAGUGCAGUGCUGCUACAGAUCCAGAAAUUCCAUCUGAAGAGAGCUCAGAUCUAAAAAAUAAGUGGCAUCUGGUGGUAGACCGUCUAACAGUGCUCUUUUUGAAGUUUCUGGAGUACUUUCAUAAACUGCAGCUCUUCAUCUGGUGGUUGCUGGAGAUGCACGUCAUCAAGAUAGUGUCUUCCUACAUCAUUCUGGUGUCUGUUACUGAGGUGUCUCUACUGAACUAUGUGUUCCUGGCAUCAUGGGCCUUUGCUCUGCCCUACCAUCAGUUCAGGCAUAUGGCCUCCAGCAUCUGCACUGUAUGGACUUGUGUGAUCAUCAUCUGCAAAAUGUUGUACCAGCUGGAGUCUAUAGACCCAGAUACAUACUCGAGUAAUUGCACAAUGCUUAUGAAUUACACAGAAAAGGAAAGGAAUUACAUGAAGAGUUCUUUGCUGUACGAGAAGCCAGUAGACCCUGCUAACUGGGUUGGCUUGGAGAAGUUUCCCUCUCUUUUGCCAAAUCUAAGGAAUAACUUACUGAUGUUGGCCAUCUUGGCAUUCGAGGUCACCAUCUACCGGCAUCAGGAGUAUUACCGGCUGCGCAACAAGCUUUCUCCUCCACCGUUUCGAAUAAUUUUUCAUGAGAUUACGCGUCAACACCUUGAUAACAGCAUCAUCAACUGUGCCAAAUACUUCAUCAACUACUUCUUUUACAAGUUCGGGGUGGAGGUAUGUUUUCUUUUGGCGGUGAACGUGAUUGGCCAGCGCAUGGACUUCUACUCUAUGCUGCAUGCCGUUGCUCUGGCAGCAGUAAUGUACCGGCGCAGGAGAAAAGCCAUUGCUGAAAUCUGGCCUAAAUACUGCUGCUUUCUGGCCUGCAUGAUCACCUUUCAGUAUUUUGUCUGUAUAGGCAUCCCACCAGCAGCAUGUAAAGAAUAUCCAUGGAGAUUCCCCAACUCUUCAACAGAUUCCAAUGUCAUUAAGUGGCUGUUCCUGCCUGAUUUCCACACAAAGCCAAACCCCAAGUUUCUCAUCUAUGACUUUAUGUUGCUCCUAAGCGCUUCACUGCAGGGCCAGGUGUUUGAUGAGGAGAAUAAGGCAGCGGUUCGUCUAAUGGCUGGUGAGAACGUAGAGAUCUGCCGAGAUCUGGAUGCCGCCUCUUUCAGUGUACAUAACCCUGUCCCAGACUUUAUACACUGCAGGUCGUAUUUGGACAUGCUGAAGGUGAUCAUGUUCAGCUACCUGUUCUGGUUUGUCCUAACCAUCAUCUUCAUCACGGGCACCACACGCAUCAGUAUUUUCUGCAUGGGCUACCUGGUGGCGUGUUUCUACUUCCUGCUUUUUGGCGGAGAGCUUCUGCUCAAACCCAUUAAAAAGAUCUUGCACUAUUGGGACUUCCUGAUAGCCUAUAACGUCUUCGUCAUCACCAUGAAAAACGUCUUCUCUAUUCUUGCAUGUGGCUACAUCAACAAGCUGAAGUUGAACUGCUGCUGGCUGAUCCAGCUGCUCAGUUUGGCCUGCACCAUCAAAGAAUAUGAGGACCUGCCAGUCUCUAGUUUUGAAUGUGACUUGCCUAAGGAUGAGGCAGGAAUCAUCUGGGACAGCAUCUGUUUUAGCUUUCUAUUGCUACAGAGACGCGUCUUCAUGAGCUACUACUUCCUCCACGUUGUGGCCGAUAUACGUGCUGGACAGAUCCUGGCUUCGAGAGGAGCAGAGCUGUUUCAAGCCUCUAUCGUAAAGGCAGUGAGAGCUCGAAUUGAGGAGGAGAAUAAAUCCAUGGAGCAGCUCAGGAGACAGAUGGACCGCAUUAAGACCCGGCAGGAGAAGUUUAAAAAGGGCAAGGAGAAGAUGCUGAGCCUGACCCAGGAGUCUACUGAAAGCCAGACAAUAUUUCCACCUGAAGCUGGUGAAGAGGAUGAAGACGACGAUGGAGCAGAGAAAGAGAAAGCCAAGGCCAAAAAAAAGCAGUGGUGGAGGCCUUGGGUUGACCAUGCUUCCAUGGUGAGGAGCGGUGAUUAUUACCUGUUUGAAACUGACAGUGAAGAAGAGGAAGAGGAAGAAGAGAAAAAAGAUGAUGACCCACCCAAGAAAUCUGCAUUCCAGCGAGCAAUUGGAAAGUUUGCCUCAGCCGUCCUGGCUUUGCCCAAGUCUAUAAUAAAACUGCCCAAAACUAUCCUUCAGUAUCUUAUCAGGGCAGCCAAGUUUGUAUACCAAGCAUGGGUCACAGACUCCAAAACAGCUCUUAAGGAGCGGGGGAAGGAGCGGCGGCAUUUCUGGAAAAGAUACGGAAGAGGGCGUAAACACCGGAAAGACAACGAUGAAGGUCAAGUGGCAAUUGAGAUGGGAGAUGAUGAACAGCAGAGCUCAGAGGAGGACAAGAAGGAAGGACCAGACAACAUUAUUAAAAGGGUUUUCAACAUCAUCAAGUUUACCUGGGUGCUAUUCCUGACCACUCUGGAGAGCCUGACCAGGUGGAUCAACAACAUUUGUAAAGAAUACAUCGACAUCUCCACCGUGCUGCGCAUCGAACGCUGCAUGCUCACUAGAGAGGUCAAAAAGGGUAACGUGCCAUCACGUGAGAGCAUCCACGUGUACUACCAGAAGCAGAUGCGCCUGAAUGUUUCACGCGAGUCCGGAUUGGAUCAGAUCAGUGAGGAGGACUCGGGCUCGCAGAAACUCCGGCGCAGACGCAGGGGUUAUACAUUAGAGAGCCAGGAUUCCGUGGCAUCCCGAGAUAGCAUCUCCAGUGCAUACACCGAGGCCACCAUGCUCUUUUCUCGCCAGUCCACGUUGGACGACCUGGACGAUGCUCAUCAUGUGCCCAAAACCAGCGAGCGUGCUCGGCCCAAACUGCGCAAAAUGUACAGCAUGGACAUGUCCAACUCGUCUGCAGACAGUGGCAGCAGCAACAUCUCCAGCGAAGCCACUCAGUGCGUCACUUUAUUCUCACGACAAGGUACCAACGACACCAUCGAUGAGGUGGAGGACGAGCAAGAUCAGUCUCACCACCGUGACAAAAGACUUGAACAAGUUGAGGAAGCAAAGACAGGCCCCUGGAGCUCCAUUGAGCCUGAAUCAGAACAAGAGCUAGAAAAAGUCCCGGAGCUUGAGGAAGAAGUAAAACCUGAAGCGGCAAAACAGUUCCCUAAAGAUUAUGAGGACAGGCUGGAGGAUGAUGAUGAAGCUCAAAGCCCUGGGAGGGAGGAUGGCGAAUCUUCUUCUGGACCAGAGAGGACUAGCGGCCGGCUUUUUACCCCAGACACAGACGUCCCAAACACGUCAGACGCAGAUGUUCCUCCCAGCUAUAGCAAAGCAGUCAGCUUCGACCGUCUUUCUGUUGACUCACAGGAGAGUGAUGAAGAAAAGCAGCUCAUGCUGAUGACCUCAGAUAGCAGGUCAGAUUUACUGUCGGAUGAUGCACUUCUGCCUUCGCAGACCACCGAGCUGACGGCUAGUGAACUGCUGCUCAACAAAAUGUUUUAUGACGAAGAGCUGGAUGGCUCAGAGCGCUUCUACAAGUCCCAGCCGUUGGGCCUGCAGCUAUGCUAUGCUCUCUACAACCUGUUAGUUGCUCACUCUGAGAUGGUUUGCUACCUGGUCAUCAUCCUCAACCACAUGAUUUCAGCUUCUAUGGCCACGCUGGUGCUGCCCGUUCUCAUUUUUCUGUGGGCCAUGCUGUCUGUUCCACGGCCCAGCAAACGCUUCUGGAUGACUGCCAUCAUCUACACAGAGGUUACCAUCGUCAUCAAGUACUUCUUCCAGUUCAGCUUUUUCCCCUUCAACCAGAACCUGGAAGUGGACAAAAAGAAGCCCUAUCACCCUCCUAACAUUAUUGGGGUGGAGAAAAAAGAUGGUUAUGUCCAUUACGACCUCGUCCAACUGCUUGCUCUCUUUUUCCAUCGCUCGAUUCUAAAGUGCCAUGGUCUGUGGGACGAGGAUGAUCCCAAAGACAAAGAGACAAAGAAAGACAGGUCUCAACAUCGGGAUGAGUCCGAGGACGAAGACAAAAUGGUGGUGCUGAUUCCAGCAGAGACAAAAAAGAAGAGCUCGCCCCCUCGCUCAAUGAGAUUUAACCUGGGAAGUUCUACAGACUUGGACUCUGUGCAGCAGGUGCAAGUGCGCCAGCCCGAACUGCGCACGUACCAGCGGCGCAAGAGCUCCAGCGGCGGCUCGUACAUCUCACGCCACUCAUCCCAACGUUCCAAAAGAGGCAGCACGAGCACAAGGAACAGCAGCUGCAGAGGAAGCAGCGAGGUCGGAGUCGAACCCAAAACUCGCAAGGAGCUCAUCAUGGAGAAACUCAGAGAGCAGCUCAUUAAAGCCAAAUUCUUUCUUCUCAAGAAAGGAAGAGAAAUCUACCUUCCUAUUCGUCAGUUCUUCUAUAACCUCAUCCAUCCUGAUUACAGUGCAGUGACAGACGUCUAUGUACUAAUGUUCCUGGCAGACACAGUUGACUUCAUCAUCAUUGUCUUUGGCUUCUGGGCUUUCGGGAAACACCAGGGAGGAGCGGACAUCACAUCUUCGCUGUCUGAAGAUCAGGUCCCAGGUCCGUUCCUGGUGAUGGUGCUGAUCCAGUUCGGCACAAUGGUAGUCGACCGAGCUUUGUACCUGCGUAAAACCGUCAUGGGCAAAGUGAUUUUCCAAGUUAUCCUGGUGUUCGGUAUCCACUUUUGGAUGUUUUUUAUCCUGCCUGGAAUAACGGAAAGGCGUUUCAGCCAGAACACAGUGGCCCAGCUGUGGUACUUUGUGAAGUGCAUUUACUUCGGUCUGUCCGCCUAUCAAAUCCGCUGUGGUUACCCCACCCGUGUGCUGGGCAACUUUCUGACCAAGAGCUACAACUAUGUCAACCUCUUUCUCUUUCAAGGGUUUCGUGUGAUCCCAUUUCUGACUGAGCUGCGUGCCGUGAUGGACUGGGUAUGGACAGACACGACGCUCAGCUUGUCCAGCUGGAUCUGCGUAGAGGAUAUCUAUGCACACAUCUUCGUUCUGAAGUGCUGGAGAGAAUCCGAAAAGCGGUAUCCUCAGCCCCGGGGUCAGAAGAAGAAGAAGGUGGUUAAGUAUGGGAUGGGUGGAAUGAUUGUUAUGCUGCUCAUCUGCAUCGUCUGGUUCCCGCUGCUUUUCAUGUCUCUGGUCAAAUCUGUAGCAGGCGUCGUCAACGCACCCUUGGACGUCUCGGUCAGUCUCACACUCGGUGGAUUCCAGCCAAUCUUCACAAUGAGUGCGCAGCAGAAGAACCUGAUAAGCAUUACUUUAAAAGACUUUGAGGAUUUCAAUAAAGUGCAUAGUUCAGAUUCGAUGGCGUUGCAGUUUCUCGAGGCGUACGUGUAUCAGGAUAUCACCAUCGCCCACCUAGAGGGAAGUUCCAACUCGCUGUGGACCAUCAGCCCACCCAGCCGAGAAAACCUGAUCAAAAUGUUGGAACAGGACAAGCAAUUCCAUUUAACCAUUGCUUGGUCUGUUCAAAGGAAUCUCUCUUUAGGAGCGAAAGCAGAGACAGCAACAGGCAAGCAUGUCAUCACUCUGGAGGAUGACACCAGACAAAACCUUGUAAAAGUGUUAAAUAACCAAACAUCAUCUGUGCUGAUCACAAAAAUUUUUCCGAGAUAUAUCCGUGCACCCAGUGAUUCCAACGCUAAACCCAUUGAACAGCUGAGUAAAGAUUCAGGUUUGGAAAACAUUACUCUGGCUCUAGGCCGGGGGAACAGCACUGCAGGGAAAGUUCAGGAGUGGUGGGUUGUGAACCAGACCAAGCCAGGCAAAAUCCUCCAAAAAGAUAAAGAACAUGGAAAGGCUGGACUAGAUCUCUACAUUUUCAGUGAUCAGGUCAGCCCUCCUAGUCUGGGCUUUCUAGCUGGAUAUGGUAUCAUGGGUCUGUACAUGUCCGUGGUGCUGGUGAUCGGCAAGUUUGUGCGCGAGUUCUUCAGCGGAAUCUCCCACACCAUCAUGUUCGAGGAGCUACCCAACGUGGACCGCAUCCUUAAACUCUGCACUGACAUCUUCCUUGUCCGAGAAACAGGAGAGCUGGACCUGGAGGAAGACCUCUACUCCAAGCUCAUCUUCCUCUACCGCUCUCCAGAGACCAUGAUCAAAUGGACCAGGGAGAAGAACAAGUGAAAAGGAUCACAGGAAAGGACGCUCAGUGCAUGAGAAGUUCCUAAUCGACAUGGAAAAAGCACAAGCUGGGGGUUUUUUUAAUCAGCUGGAUGAGACACGUCAGCUGAACUGGGCAACUAGCUACAUUUUGCAGUUCGUGGUCUCUCGCAUACAGUACUUGUAGCAAGCCUAGUUUGGGAGAGAUUGCUGAUUUGUAGCUAAUUGUACAUUAUUAAGGGCUUUUAAUAGACACCACUAUUUCCCGUCAUGCGUCACUUGCAAAAAGCAACCCUUCACAGCUGGGAGUGCAUGAGCUCGGAGGGCCGUCCAUCACGUUGAUUGACAGGCCGGUCAACAAAUCCCUGUGCGAUCAGAGUCACAGAUCAGAGGCCGCGGACUUGAGUUGAUUUCCAACAGACCUUACUACCAAGUGCUUUAUUUUUCACGUGGCAAGAGGCGAAGACUUCUGGGGUUUUUUUGUUUUGUUUUUCUUCAGAAGGCUCGAACAACACAAGACAGCAAUCACCCGACAAUCUCCACUUGCCUUAUUUCGUUUGUAUAAAUCAUUUUCAUUCAUCAUCGAUGUCUUUUUCUCAGGAACACACACACCGGUCAUUUCAUCAUGAGAUGUCCUCUUUUCCAUUGCGUAUCAGAGAGCGUCAGACCGGGCAAGAAAAAAAAAUAGCACAAGGUGAUGAUAGAGAUGAAAGAAAAGAUGGGGGGGGGGGACGACAAUAUGCUGAGAUGCUGAUUAAUGGUUAUAUGUGGUUCGGUUCGAUGGCUAUGGAGCAUGAACUUAUUUUAUGAUGUGCAAGUAUUGGGAGAUUUCAUGUUUGGCGGAAAGAUAUAGGCCUAUAUGUGAAGAUAACGAUAAAGACUCAUUGCUUGUAUGGAAGGGGUAAAGCAAUAUGCCAACUGAUGCAUUUAUUUAAAAUGAAUAAAGGGAGGGGGGGGGGGUAUACUGGGAUGAAUUGUACAUACGGUAUAUAAGUGGGUGUCUGUAUUUAUGCACAGGAAAGGGCAUUUUUUUUCCCUCCAAGAGGCGACACUUCGCAGUUUACAAUUUCCAAGUACGACCUCCACGUCCCGGUGUUCCUGCCACACUGACGUAGAAAUGCUAGAAGAAUCCCGGGAGAAGAGCAUCAACGAAAACCCAACAACCCCCACCGUCAAAUCACGUUUCUGAACUAUGCAUUAUUUAAAGCCAUUGUAGCAUGAGACGAGAAUCAUUACUAUUUAAACAUGAGGUGUUUUCGUUACAUCACAUGUACAUAUGCUUUUACAGGGACAAAAGAAAUGUGAAGCUUUAUUAAGUUUGCUGUGUAGCAGAAUGUCAGGAUGGAAAAAAAAGAAGAGCUUAAGAAAAGCGAUGACCUUCAAAUAAAGCACAUAUCAAAAGGC